UAUAUAAGAUACCCAGGAAGGAGAGGAGAUACACAAACUGACCAGAGAGACUUCUACCAGCAUCCGACUGAACCACUGAGACAGUGAAUAAAAGAUGGCAGACGCAGCUGUUGCAACUCCCGCCGACAAGAAGGCUCCUCCUAAGUUCAAGCAGAGGGCCGCUCGUACCUUCAAGAGCAAGGCCCCCAAGCCAGGCCAGAAGGGAUUUGGAGACGACAUCCCCGGCAUGGAGGGUCUGGGCACAGACAUCACAGUGGUCUGCCCAUGGGAGGCCUUCGGCGACAUGGAGCUCAGCGACCUGGCGAAAUAUGGAAUUGUCUAGAAACCUCGUCAUGUCUUCUACAAAAUCAAAAUACAUCCCUGGACUAAUUUUCCUUCGCCCAUUUCUCCUGAAUCGCCCUUUUCUCCUUCGCCCUCAAACAUACCCGUACUGAUGUCUGUUGUGUUAGGCCCACACGGGCUACAGGAAAGAUUGCACAAACACUGUUAUUAAAGCUUAAAGCAACUAAGGAACAAUUGGCAGAAAAAUUAAAGAGAUUAAUUUGUAUAUGCUUCAUUGAGGUCCUCAUGCUAUAAUUCUAACUUUCCUCCCUGUACUUUGCACUUGGCUUGUCCACUUUUGAGAGACAGUGAACAAGCCUAAACCUGUUGUAAGCUGCUAAUUCUGCAUAUCACAACUGAACCUUUGACCUCUCUCCUGCCUUUUCCACUCCAUCCCCUUCCCCCUCUUUGGAGCAACUACUCUUGAAUGUACAGCUGUUUAUGAUAUAAAUAUAUUUCUAUUUUUAUGAACAAUUGAAGUAGAGAAUACUAUCAAGAGGAA